AUGGCAGUACAGACAUGCUUCAAGUGGCGCCACAAGGAGUCGGAUCGCUGGCGCCGGCUGAUGGACGCGACAUGCGUCCCCUGUGAUUGGUUUGGACAGACACGUGGGCCGAACUUCUCGCAGUACGGCAGGCAUUGGACCCACCUGCUGACGUGCGCCCACGUGAUCUGUCCCUGGGACUACCCCAACUAUUAUCCUACGGAGGGACCAACCCGCCUCGUUUCUCGCAUCACGCUAGCUGACACGAUGACGCAGGUUCGCCUCGUCUCACUGCAGAGUAAUGCCGUCUAUAAGCACUUCACCUCCAACCAGCACGUGUACUUGCAUUCUAACCCGCGGUUGGACCUCUGUGUGCUUCAUCCAGAGUAA